AUGCUGUCAUCUAUCGGAUUUUUUCAGUUUGUCCUUUUAGUGUGUUCUCAUAAAUUGCACUUGAAAUUUCAAUCGAAAUCAUUCGUCAACAUUCAGUGUAUGCACAAUAAAUUUUAUCAUGUUCAUAAAACUACGUUGAUCAAACGCGUUCGCAUAAUUAGAUAUGUGUAUCAAAUCUGGAGGAAUAGUAUUAAGUCCUUGCAAUUUGGCCAUUUAAGUUCGAGACACCUUGUAUAUAAUUCACUAGUGAUUUUAAACAGAAUUUACUAUUUGUAGACUAUACAGCGUACACAUACUAUUGUAUGUUUUUCUUUGAUGAUUUGGCGGUAAAACAUUUAUUUUCAGGUAUUUUUGUUAAUCUGAGGUGUCAUCGAUGAUUAUUAAACUUGCCAAAAUAAUAGAUUGUUCUUCAGAACACCAGUCCUAUCCUGCAUCUAAUCUUUUGCAACACCGUUCAAACUCCUCAUGGCGUUGUGCAAAACCAGGAGAAAUGCUUGCCACUGUCACUUUCGAAUUGGCAGAACAAUCUUGUAUCACAGGUUUAGAUAUAGGCAAUUACCGUAGUUGUGUAGUAAUUGUUACUGCUUCUACAGCAUCAAAACCUGAUACCUGGGUUCCUAUUGUAAAUCACCAAUUCUUAACGAACGAUGAAGCUGCAAAUAAUAAAUUUAGAGAUCAAGUACAGAUAUUUACGAAGAAAGACCUGAAUCCAGACACAGUAAAAAUAAAAUUUGACCGUGUGAAAGUGACCUGCAUGCAGUCAGCCAAUUUGAAAGAGUUAUUUGGAUUAUCUUUCAUUGAAUUGAAAACAGAAGUUGUAGUUGAUAUGAAAUUAAAUAUCUUUGGGAGAUUCAAACUGAAAAAUCCAGAAGAAGAUGACAACAUUGAUGACUUUAAAGAAAAGAAUAUGAAGAUAAUUGGUCAUAAAAAAACAGAUUAUAAGAAUGAAUUGCUCGCAAAAGUCAAAGAAACUAGUAUGGAUAACUUCUCCAAGCGACAAGAAGAGAAUAGAGAACCAAUGAAAAGACCAUUACUACAAAAGUUAGAAGCUGGGAAAGCAGAAGAAGUAUUUGGACCUAAGAACAAAGAUUCUGAUAAUUCAGCUACAAUGAAUGGUAUUAAAUGUAAAAAUGAGAAAGCGUCAAAUGAUAAACCAGUAGCAAGAACUCCAUUUGGCGAUAUUGUACCUUCAACUUCACCCAAAGUAAAUAAACCUAACACACAAAAAAAUGAUACAUAUUCGAGAAAACGUUCCUUAAGCCCUGAACAAAGUUCCUCAAAGCAGAAUACAAGUAACAAUAGUGAAGAUUGUUCUCAAUGUCAAGAUGAAAACAAGAUAUGUAGUAAUUGCAAAAAAUUGCCAAAACCGAAGCCAACAGUUAUACCUGAAAGACCUGCAAAAAAGCGAAAAAGAUUAUUUUCAAAGCUUUUUGAAGAUAUAUCAUUUUCACUCAGUGGCUAUGUUAAUCCACAGAGAGAUGAAAUUAGGAAAAAGGCUCUUCAAAUGGGUGCAAAAUACAUUGCUGAUCCUAACACAACUAACAAGAAAUGUACUUAUUUAAUUUGUGCCUUUAAGAAUACACCAAAGUAUCAGCAAUUAAAGGGACACUCUAAAAUUGUUUCACAUACCUUUAUUGAAAAUUGUUUUAAUGAAAAGACAAGAUUUCCUUGGAGACGAUAUGCCCUAGACAAAGAAGAUACUACUGAGCCAGAAAGUGAAGAAGAAAUUUUAGGUAGUUCAUCUCCAUUUAAUGCAUUCGAAGAGGAUACUGAUUUAGAUUCUAAUUGACGAGAUGACUAUUUUUUAUUAUUAUUACAAAACAAGUGCUGGCGCAAAAUUUACAUAAUAAAAAUAAAAUUUUUUAAUUCAAGUAAAUACAUCGUAACUUGAUGUUUUAACAAAGAAGAUACGUAUCUUGGAUACCACGACACAAAAAUUUAAAUUUAGCAAUAUUUUCAAAGAUUCAUUUAUUUGGCGGUAAUAAAUAUUACCGCAAAAUUUAUGUUAAUCGAAAUCAAAAUAAUUAUGUUUUGAAUACGUGGAAAUUUUUGACCGUAUAUAUACGCCGAAAAUUCAAAAUGAAAUACAUAUGACAUAAAUUAUCGAAACAUUACGCCGGUCCUGGAAAGUAAAUGCCCAGUUGCGUAGAAGCACUAAUGGCGUGAACUUGAAAAAACUUCAAAACUCGUCUGUCAUUCGAUCUCGAAAUGGGUGAUGCAAGCAAUGUCUUCGGCUUUGAACUCGUGCAAGAAAUA